CAGUUCUCCUCAGGCGAGGCAGCGGCAGGUCGUGAGGGGACGGAGCGGAGCCCCUGCCGGGCCCGCGCCCUCCUCUCCUCCCGCCGCCGGCCAUGGAGCCCGAGGCCUCGGGCGAGGCCAGCAGCGCAGGGGGGGCCGAGGCCGGAGCUGGAGCUUUCAGCUCCGAGGCCGGAGGGUGGGGACCGCCCAAGGAGACCCCCGGAGGUCUGGCGCUGAAGAAGAUGGUUCUUACAGAGGCCCCGUCACUCACUGGUCAGCCAAGCGCCGGGCAGGGAAAGAAGAUUGGUCACCGAGGAGUUGAUGCAUCCGGGGAAACGACAUACAAGAAGACCACAUCUACCACGCUCAAAGGGGCUAUCCAGCUUGGGAUUGGUUACACCGUGGGAAACCUCAGCUCCAAGCCUGAGCGGGACGUCUUGAUGCAGGACUUCUAUGUGGUGGAGAGCAUUUUCUUUCCCAGUGAAGGGAGCAACCUCACUCCGGCGCACCAUUACCCAGACUUCAGGUUCAAAACCUAUGCACCCGUGGCAUUCCGCUAUUUCCGAGAACUUUUCGGCAUUCGUCCAGAUGAUUAUUUGUAUUCAUUAUGUAAUGAACCUUUGAUUGAGCUUUCUAACCCUGGAGCCAGUGGGUCUCUCUUCUACGUUACCAGUGACGACGAGUUCAUCAUCAAAACCGUGAUGCACAAAGAGGCAGAGUUCCUCCAGAAGCUGCUACCAGGCUACUACAUGAACUUGAACCAGAACCCCCGGACGCUGCUGCCCAAGUUCUACGGCCUCUACUGCGUUCAGUCUGGAGGAAAGAACAUCCGGGUGGUAGUGAUGAACAACAUCCUGCCCCGGGUGGUGAAGAUGCACCUGAAGUACGACCUCAAGGGCUCCACUUACAAGCGCCGGGCGUCCAAGAAGGAGAAGGAGAAGUCCAGCCCCACCUACAAGGACCUGGACUUCAUGCAGGACAAUGCGGAAGGCAUCAUGCUGGAUGCAGACACCUUCAGCGCCGUGGUGAAGACGCUGCAGAGGGACUGCUUGGUGCUUGAGAGCUUCAAGAUUAUGGACUACAGCCUGCUGCUUGGGGUCCACAACAUUGACCAGCAGGAGCGGGAGCGACAAAUGGACGGGGCUCAAAGUACCUCGGAUGAGAAGCGCCCUGUGGGCCAGAAGGCCCUAUACUCCACCGCCAUGGAGUCAAUCCAGGGAGGGGCCGCCCGCGGAGAGUCUAUCGACACAGAUGACACGAUGGGUGGCAUCCCGGCUGUGAACGGCAAAGGGGAACGCCUGCUCCUUCACGUUGGCAUCAUCGAUAUCCUCCAGUCUUACAGGUUCAUCAAGAAAUUGGAACAUACGUGGAAGGCUCUAGUUCAUGAUGGGGACACGGUUUCGGUCCACCGGCCCAGCUUCUACGCAGAGAGGUUCUUUAAGUUCAUGACCAACACAGUCUUCAGGAAGAGCUCCUCCCUGAAAGCCUCUCCCUCCAAGAAAGGGAGGAGCGCCUUGCUAGCUGUAAAGCCAUCCGGCCCAAUGGCUGCCUUUUCAGCAAGCCAGAUCCCCUCCGAGAAAGAAGAAACGCAGUAUGACCUCCGGGGUGCCAGGAGUUACCCCACUUUAGACGACGAAGGCGUGAAAGUUAACGAUGAUAAGAAGGAAGGCCGUCCCGACCUGCUCCCUUGCACUCCUCCUUCUUUCGAAGAAGCAACCACGGCUUCCAUUGCUACGACACUCUCCUCCACGUCUCUCUCCGUCCCUGAAAGGUCUCCUUCAGAGUCUUCAGAGCAGCCCCGGUAUAGGCGGCGUACACAGUCUUCCGAGCAUGAUGGAAGGUCUCGGGAACAGAUCCGGGGAGAAGAUGAGCUCCAACAGAUCACGGUGGAGCUGAAGCCCAAGUGUGACGUCGAGAUCGCGAUACCCGACAUGGCUGCCGCAGGGGAUACUGCCUCUGUCGCGUGUGCUGCCGCGUUACCAUCUGCAAUGGCAGAAGUGGAGACAGCCAGCCAGGCUUCCGAACCAGCCAGCCAAGCUUCGGACGAGGAGGAGUUGCCAGUCCCAGAUAUUUAUUUUUUCACAGACGGAAGGUACUGGAUUUACUCCCCUCGCCUGCGCAGGCUCCGGGCCACCUCAGUGUCCUCUGAGGAUCCGCCGACAGAUGAGCGGAGCUGGGUCUAUUCUCCUCUCCACUAUAACACUCAAACCCAGUCAGUCUCCGACGCAGAGAGUGAUACAUAACUUCUAUGCAAUCCCCAACGGCGACCCAAGAGGAGCGCAUUCAUUCCGACUGCCGCCCCGGAUGGAGGCAUUCCUUUUUGGCCGAGCCUGCCAUCAUUCGGAUGGGAGGAACAAGAGGACUGAGUGAAAAAAGCCAGGUGGCGCGUCUCGUUCUUCCUGCCAUUCUCCAAAACGUGUAUUUAUAUCCAUCCCAAAUCAGGGCCCUUUGGGACGCCUGAAGCUGAGCCAGGCGGCGGACUUCUGGGCCAGAAGGCCACCUUUGCCCAAAAGUGCACUACUUAUAGCUACCUAUCUGUAUGUGAUACUGUGAAGCUCCUUUUGCUUUCCCUGCCGCUUUGUCUCCAAAUCAUGUAUUUAUUUCAUUCCUCUUUGCCUUCUUACCUAUCUGCGAGAAGGCAAACGUUUAGGCCUGCCUGGGGCUUGCUGGGUCAGGGAGCUUUGUUGAAUUUGUCUCGUUUCCUGGGAAUUCGAGUGGAGGAAUUAUCACACGGGAGAAAAAUGGCCACCCGUUUGGAGAACCAGCAGGUCCUGGGUCCAUUAGAAACAUGGAAGAGCUUUGAAAUGCACAACUGAAGCUUCUCCAGCAUCUUUUGGGAUGGAGUUUCCUCUCCAAGGCAAACAAAACACACACAACAAGGAUUUGGUUGCCUUCCUUUGGUUGAGGAAGGAAGAUAGAAAUCCUGGCAAAUAUCAAGUGGCAUCCGGAGGUGGAUCAGAAGAGAAACAGUCUUCCUGUGCUUGCCAUAUUCAGUCCACAGAGAGCCACGGUUGUCCCUCCUGAGGGCAUGUUUUCUUCACCGUCUUCCUCAAACUGUUCUGCGGCAUCUCCUUUGGAGUGGAAAAGGCUUUGUUUGGAUUGGAAGAGAGGGCUAGAGCGAACCAAUUUCGAAUGAGAAAUUCAUCAUAGUCUUCCGUUUUGUGAAAUGCGCAGCAGCUGCUUUCCAGACGUCCCCUCACAUCUGGAGGGCUGUACACAUUCUUCAUCCAUGAGAAUCCAGAUUGGGGGAGUUUUCCUUGAAAGACGAGGCAGAUUGCUUCUCCCUCCGAAAAGGCGAGCAGAUGAAAGGAAAUCUUUUUGUUUGGCUCAAGGUCGGCUUCAUCUCGACAUCGUUUUCUGCCCCUUUUCAGAGCCAGGGGAUGAGAAACUUCUCUUUCCUCGAUGGGCCAAAAUGAAGCAACCUUUGGCGAUCCAAAUGGGAAAUUGGAAAGGGAUCCUUUCGCUGUGCAUUUCAUCACAGCUUUGGGGUCACAUUCAGUAAGAGAAAGGGAGCCCUUGGAGACAGAACGUGAAGCUUUUUGCCCUUUUCCCAGUUGAGAUGAAAAGACCAAAGAAGCAGGAGAGAGGCUCAUUUGGGUCAAUCUGGAAGGCACUUCUUUUUGGCGGCAAUAAAGCACUGCGAAGAUCCGGUGUUGUGAAAUCUACAAGGAUGAGGAUAAUAAUUACCCUCCUAUUAUUUUUUCAGUUUGAGAAGAGCAAUGAAGAGGGGAAUGCGUCUGCCUCAUUGUCCAACGGAAAGCAAGAACGUUUGCCCAGAUCCUUGACGAAUCCAGCUUUUCUCUCACAGCCGCCCCCAUUAAUGCAGCCAGGGUUUGGGAUCGAGUCCCACCGAGGGGCGCCUUCCCUUGGACUUUAUGGCUUUUUCAGUGGAAACCCCCUUCCAACCCCAGCCUCAGAGGGCUGCCAACCUUUCUUCCUUUCCCAAAUCCCCAAAGGAAGACAAAUCCAUUCUCAGGUCGAUAGGGGAAAAUGAUGUUGCUGAUUGGACUACUUUAGACGUCUACAUUAGACCCUAUAAUGUAUAUAUCUAUACCUUGUUUUUGGUUUUGUUAUGUAUACACACAUAUGCGCUCUCUAUGUAUAUGGUUAAUUUGUCAUAGGUUUCAUUGUCGUUCUCAUUGCAUAUUUGUUUUGGAACCUCAGUACUCCAUGUUUGACGUGUGCUUUGUACAAAGAAUGUAUAGGAUUCAUGUACCAGAACAGGGCAGCGACUCAGUCCCUGAGCUGGAUUUUCCUUGCAAAUGGCUUUUUUUUUUUUGUGGAGAGGUUGCCUCCCUCUGCCCAGAAAUACCGACCGUUGUGUAUACCGCUGUGUAGUCUUGGAUGUAAAACCAGAGGCUGUGUAUGUCUCUCUCUCUCUCUCUCUCUCUCUCUCUCUCUCUCUCUGUAUGUGUUAUCUAUCCAUAACAUAUAUACACAGAAAUGCAUCCCUGUAUAAAUGGUUCCUUUGCUGGGUUUCUUUUCUUCCCCUUCUCUGUAAAUAACAUAGGAACAAUGUGAUGCUUAAGUCUGGAUUUAGGGAAAACUGCAGCUUUCCUAUUUUUGGACUAUGCUACCCAUCAUUCUGGUUGUGGAAUAUGGAAAGGAUUGUCCCAGACUCUGCCUACCUCUAGCCUGAACUCCAUAAACACUGUAGCUUUUUAGGCCUGAAGUUGCCUCAUCUUCCCAACUGUUGGUCCCAAAUGAUAUGAGGAGGGUGGGAGUUGUAGUCCAAUGCAUUUGGGUGAAUCGGCAGCAUUAUCCUACAGAUGUGAUGGGCAUAGAUGGGAGUUCAGUCUUUGUUUAUUCAAAUACUAGCGCAUACAUAAGCGUGCGCUUCCUUCCUCUUCCCUCCAAUCUCCCUUCUCCAGCUCUGAAGUUUUUAUAAGACACAAGCUUAAGGAUUGCGUUCUUCCUUCUCCAGCUUGCUUCCAUCUUUGAGAAGGCAUCCCUUGGAAUGUUUCCAUAGCAAUGCCAGGGCCCUCCUAGAGUGCCUCAAUGACAACCUUCUAUCCCUCUUCAAUUUGUCAUCCCUGUCUCUGAUGUUGGCUUUCAAUCUGUAUACUGCCCUCUUGCGGUUGCACUGCAGGUUGAGGCUCAUGGGCCUACAGCGUAGGUUGUUUCAAAACUAAGGCAAAAAAGAAAAGAGGUGGGUUCUUAAAAACCUGUCAGUAUUUUAACUUAGACCAUGAAGGGGAGGUCUGUCCAAGUUUGGUCAAGAUCCAUCAAGCCAUGUAUGGGCCUUUGAGAAACAAAUUUAUGCAUAUCUUCCAUUGGCCAUCUCUCGCUUAGAUGUCGCCUUUCUAUCUCUAUACUGCCCUCUUGUGGUUGCCUCUGAAAGUGGUGCCUACAUACAUUCCCAUGUAUUCGUUUUGAGGGCCCUACAACUACCCAGGGUUGAUUUUAUUUGCAUUGAAAACCCACCAGUGUUUCAGAUUGGAUCACGAAGGGGGCAUGUGCCCAAGUUUGGUCCUGAUCCAUCAAACCGUUUAGGAGCCUUUGAGGAACAACCAUAUAUAUAUAUAUAUAUAUAUAUAUAUAUAUAUAUAUAUAUAUAUAUAUAUAUUCACUUAGAGACUUACGGCCCCUUUAGUGGCGAUGGGAGGACAUUUCGCCAUAUCUUCAAGGGUAUCUAAAAUUAGGAACGGGCCACUCCUUGUUGCCAAAAUAAAGGAUGUGGCAGGAAUAGAAGGCAAUAUUAGGAGACGCAAAUGGGUUACUUUCAUUGUUUUUCCUGUGUAAUUUAUUACCAAGCGCUUAUUUAAGACAAAUGUCUGUGUUUUCCUCCUCUGCCUGGCCGUCUGUAGACAAUUGAGGUUUCUUUCUUCCCAAAAAGACACAUUUCCCUUUUUGGGGGGGAGACUAAAACAGAUGGAGCCUGAUCUGGAAUGGUGCAAUUUCUGCAUUGAAAUCUGUUGGGAGAGAAGUCUCGUUCCUCUUUGGACAUUCCUUCCCUUAUUUUAUUUUUGGGGAAAUAGCCAAUAAAAUAGGACCGUGAAAUCA